AUGGGCAACAUGGCAACAGAGAUCGUCGCCUUUCUCCUCACCAUCUCUGGGUGGAUCCUGGUGUCUUCCACCCUGCCCACUGACUACUGGAAAGUGUCCUCUGUAGAUGGGACUGUCAUCACCACAGCUACAUUUUGGUCCAAUCUAUGGAAAACCUGUGUGACCGAUUCCACCGGUGUGUCCAACUGCAAGGACUUUCCUUCAAUGCUGGCUCUGGACGCCUACAUUCAGGUUUGUCGGGGUCUGAUGAUCACCGCUGUGUGUCUGGGUUUCUUUGGUGCCUCCCUCGCCUUGGUAGGAAUGAAGUGCACCAAAAUAGGGGGCUCCGAGACCACCAAAGCACGUCUCACCGUCCUGUCUGGCUUCCACUUUAUUCUAAGCGGCCUCUGCUGCAUGACUGCAUGCUCCAUCUAUGCUCGGCGGAUCACAACUGACUUCUUUGAUCCCCUCUUUGUUGCCCAGAAGUUUGAGCUGGGAGCUGCUCUCUUCAUCGGCUGGGCCGGUUCUGUGCUGUGUAUUUUAGGUGGACUUGUCUUCUGCCUCUCCCUGUCUGACGGCUUCAGUUUGAGGACAGAGUACUCCUACAAUGGAGCUGCAUCCUUUGUGACAACACGCCACAAACAGAGUAAACCAGCCAGCAGCCUGCACAAGGAAACACGAGAGCCACCGAGGCAGUUUGGAAGAAACGCCUACGUCUGAAAUUGGACUCUGCUGCUACUGGGUUAAUUGCAAAAUGUACCAAAAUAGUUUUGUAGUCCCAGAAAUGA